UUACACGGACUGACCUUCUGAGGCCGCUAAUGCCGAACCGCCCAUUCGAUGAACUGACACACGAAACAAACAAAAGCAUCAACGUAGAUUAAAAAACAACCACGAACACAAAAUACACAAGCAAUCAUUAUACUUUCUUUUGCAUGCAAAGGAGAAACGAAAAUCUGAUAUGGAGACUCAGAUGAGGCAGCGUGUGUUUACUGGGGUGGUCACUCAGAUGCAGGAGCAUCAUGGGAUUGUGGAUCAGGAUGUUCAUUUUCCAAUGAGUGUUGUGGUUGGUCGUAUGCCUGUUGUGGGUGAAAAAGUGUUGGUGAAAGCAAUCCAGGACUCUCAAAAGCCCAUCAGCUGGACGGCACAGAAAGUUCAGACCCUGAACGGACAGCCCUUUAAAUCUCCCCCUCCGCUGCUGCCCUCCAUGUCAUCCACUCUGAAGCCGGGGAUUUUAGGGACCAAACCACAACCUCUGCUGAAAUCCCCCAAAAUACCACCGCUGAUUCCCAGUAUGCAGCCAAAUUCUGGUGGGAUGAUCCAGCUGUCCCAUCACCAGCAGAUGGGCUGGAAUGGGCCAUUUGAUGGAUGGGGUGGAGGACGGAAGAGGCACUCGGAGGGGAUGGGAGGGCGCAGAGCUGGACGCUGGGAGGACGGUGGUGGAGGGCUGUGGGGAGGAGACCUCAUGCACCAGAAACGAAAGAGAUGGAGGGCCACAUCAGAAGAGGAAGCGCCCAAAAAGACCAGCUCUGCAGCCACACACAGCGUGCCUCUGUUCUCCUGCUUCUCCAGGGACACCCAGGCCUGUGAUUACCUGGAGCUUCAGCGCCGGUAUCCACACCUGCACAUCCCAUCCAGCCUCUUCCACCUCCAGCUGUCCUGGACGGAAAGUUUCCCUCUGGACCAGCCACUACCUCUAAGAGGACCCUGUCUCUUCCACAUAGGACCAAACCAGCCGGAGACUGAAGCGGACGUUUGCGAGUCCACCGAUGAUGCUUUUGCUGUUAGGGUCCUGUUGUUUUCUAUGCCGUGUCUUGAGGACGUGUAUUCACAGUGUUGUAACCUCUCGAAUGACGGUCAGACGCAGAAGGAGGCCGUUCAUCCCUCCACACUUCUCAAAUUUCUGAUAGUGGACAGUGGAGGUGAACAGCGUCUUCCAGGAGGCCACUGGUCCCCGGAAGCAGACGGAGCCAAUCCAGCGAAGGACAGUUUGACGCUGGUCAACACGGCGGUCCGAUGCUUGAAGGAGCAAGCUGGACUGGACCUCUCAGCCUGCACACAGUGGUAUAAGAUGGCGGAGCUGAGAUAUCUUUCAGGAGAUAAAGUGGAGACCGUCGUGGUCUUAAUGCCAGAUGUGUGGAAUCUAGUGCCAUCAGAAGAAGAGUGGGCGAGCUUACAGCUGGAAGAUGACCUGUCACUCCCAGAAUCUCCGUCUGUGGUUUUUCACCCAUCAGCCGGACUAAAUCUGUCUGCGGUUUCUCUGUCGUCGCUGCUGGAGCCGCAGACCCUUCAGACCAGAGACAGCUGUGAGGAUCAUCUUCUGACCUCUGUCAUGUGCUGCCGUCAGGUGAGCUUGAUUGCGGAGAUGUUCAGCGAGAUGCUCCAGAGGGAUUUUGGGCUUCAGCUGUAUCGGUGUCUCUGCAGUCUGCCUCAAAACAUCAGCGACCCACAGACUGAAGCCAAACAGGACAACAACACCGCCAAGGAGGAGGAGGAGGAGAUUAAAAAGUCCGACAAAAAGACCACAAAGAAGAAAGAUUCGAGUGAUGCAAGGAAAACAGUCAAAGAAGAGAAAGACGCAGAGGACGCCAUGCUGACAGACGAGACUGAAGCAGUGGGAAAGCAGCCAUCGAGAGACGGUAAAACUGUGAGCGCAGGAGUGGAAGAGCAGAGCAGCAACGCAGCCGACAAUCAGACCUCCAAACACUGUGAGCGUCCUCCGGGCUGGACGGACGAACUGCCCCGUAAAGUGCUUCUGUCCUGCGUGUUCUUCGACCGGCAGCUGACAGGAAGUCUUCGGGAAGCAGAUCUGGUCAACAUCCUGCUGUCGCUCGGCCUGUUUCUCAGUCCUGCUCAGGCGCAGGAUUUGGUCAAAAGGGCUGCAGUCGGUGGGCUGUGCCUCUACAGAAAUCUGUGCAGCCGUUGGUCAGACAGCGCUCCUUCAGACGCCAGCGCCAUAGCUGAAGGAAAUAAAGCGAUGUUGCCCACUCAGCCGUGUAAAGACAGAGGGUCGGUCCGUCGCACCAGUAACACCGAUGUGGUGAAUUACAAAGGGAAAGUCGUCAACCUGCCAAACCUGCUGCAGUGUCUGGAAAGCAGCAAAGUGGCGCAGCGGGACCUGGAGAAGAGUGUGGCCGCACUGCAGUCCAGACUGGAUGCAGCAGAAGCACUACAGGCCUCCAGUGAACAGGAGCUGGCCCAGCAGAAAGAGCUGAAGAGGAAACUGGAGAAAGCCGAGAUGAUCAAUAAAACAUACGAGAAGAGUUUGAAAGAAAACGCCGGACAGAUGACCGCUGUCAUCGAGAAAAUGCAGAGGAUGGUCGAACAGACAACGACCAUCACAAAUGCUAAUGCAGGAAAGGAAGAGAAGCUGUGAUGUCCUGGAAGCUGAUUGGACGGUGCUGGACUGAGCAGAGUAGAAAGAAACCUGCAAAAUAAAAGAUUCUUUAGCUUUGUCUAUUAAAAUAAACAGGUAAUUUAUUAUUAUUGUUAUAAUUUUGGGGUGUAAAACAGUACGUGCUUUUAAGCACAUAGAUAAUGGGAAGAAUUGUGUCGGUGGGCCUUUGUAAAGGUUUUUAUCCAUUAAAAUGAACGUUGACUCACUUUAGAAUGUAAAACCUUUAUUCAAUUUUAUUUUGUUAUGAUUUCUGGCAGCUAUGAAAGUGUAAUCCUUGUAUGAAACUGUCAACUCAUAAACGGAUAUGACUGUUUGUAGUGCUGUACAAUGGUUUUAUUGUAUGUUCUUGUAUUUAUUGUAUUUUUUAAAAUUGGUUUUAUUGUUUUCUUUUCUUUUUACAUGUGAGUUUACAAUGGUGGGCUAAUGUCAGAUCUCUUUUAAAAUCAUUUUGAUGAAUUGGAUUUUAUUGAUUUGUAUUUAUCUUUUUUUUUUUUUUGUUACUGAGCAUUGAAGCAUUACUGUUAUAAAGCAUUCACAUACAUAACUAGAUUUCUGAUGGUUAAGAUCUAGUGAAAGGUCACUUAUUGGAAAUACUGCCAGAAUUUUCCCUUGCAAUUAAAUAAUUAUGAGUCCACCCAAACACUUCAGACUAUUUUGACAAUGAAUUAUUAUUUAAAAUAAAGUGUUUAAGAAAUUAAGGUUUACAAUCAGUGAAUAUAAUUGUAUUAGAUACAAUUAGCAAAACUAUUUUGUCUUUUUCUCAGGGACCAUUUAUACUUUCUAAUAGUCUGAACAAAAGCAUGUUUAUUUGUCUUCCAGGAUCUGAACUAAAGUAAGUUGGAGGAAAACCCCAUGUAGUACCUUUCAUUUCUUUUGAUUUUGUCUAAUUUUAAAACCACAAUAAAAAUCACGUUUCGUUUUGUUACUAAGACGUCCAAUAAAAUGUAAAUAAUCGAU